AUAUGUCAUGAAAAGAAAUUCAUGUGUCAUUUUAAAUUUUUAUAAAGAGAAAUUAAGAUCAUUUGGCAAUGACUUUUCAAAUAAAUUAAUAUCUCAAAUAAUUAAUUCCUGACAGAACCCUCUUAUAGAUGAUUUUGUCCUAAUAGGGUUCAAUUGUUUAAACUCAAGUGAUUACCAAAGAUAAGCCCUCUUUUAGAUUUGGUGAGCUUUGGACUUGGGGAGCCAAUAGGUAUUAGUCAUCUUGGUGAGGUGUUAGAAGUUUUUCCUUUACAAUGGAGCGUGAAUUUAACCCCAUGCAAGCUUUGUGCGGCUCUGGAUGUGGAUUUUAUGGCAACCCUGCCACUGAAGGACUAUGUUCACUAUGUUUCAAGGAAAACCUAAAAAAGAAACAACAGUUACCCAACACCCCCACAAGUCUGAGUGCCCUAAAAGAUACAACAACAGCACAGCCUACCAUUAGUCCUAUUUCAUCACCAGUAGUCACAGAUCUUCCCACAGAUGCUUCUGAAGAAUGUUCAAAUACAGCCUCAGCCGCGGCAAGCAAUGCUGCAACCGCUGAAACGGAGGCUGUCGCAACCGCCUCCACGUCCUCUGGCGAAAUGAACGCCGUCACCGGUAGUGAAGACAAGGACGGCGAUAAAGAUGUAAAGAAAAAGAAGAAUCGAUGCGCCAAUUGUCGCAAGAAGGUUGGUCUAACAGGUUUUGAAUGCCGUUGCGGAGAAUUGUUUUGUGCCACACAUCGAUACAGUGACAAACAUGAUUGUAGUUUCAACUACAGAGAAAUGGGUGCCCAAGAAAUUAAACGCAACAAUCCUGUCGUCUUAAGUGAAAAGAUCCAAAAGAUCUGAACCUCACCACAACGUUUCCUAGAAAAUAUUUGCGUGAUGAGUGAUCAAAUGAGAUACAGACAAUUUUUUCUGAAAAAUCAUUAGUCAGAUCUGGUCGGGGUGUGAUUAGUGCAAACACACAAACGUUCAAAAAGACUUUAAUGAUUUAUUAUUAUAUGGUACUUUUAUUUACAAUUUUGCCACUCAGUUUCAUUUUUAGUUUUAUUUCGAUUAAUAAAUUUAGAUAUACAA